AUGUCUCUCGAAAAUUUAUACGAAGGCGUCAGUCAAUUUGACGGAUUUAACGAGUGUCAGUUAUACGACGACAACACUAAAGAUUCCGGGUUUUCCGACUCAGUUUCCAAUUUUCGCGACUUGAUUCAUUCGCCGUUGCUUCUGGACCAUGACGCCGAGACAUUGAUGUGUUUUUCGCCAUCCGAAGACAAAGAGAUCCCGACCAGAUGCUGGUCGGCCAAGAGAACACGCGAAGGUUCGUCCACCGAGUCUACACCAUCGCAAGGUACCACUUUGGCGCUGAAACGACUGAAGUUGUUCGAUAGAGAGAACGACGAAAAUGUUAAAAAAUGCGUAGAAAAGUCAUCCGAUGACCAAGACCUAAUCGGCGACUUCUCCAAAGCUUGUUGUUUGCCCGUGAUGUCGGGAGAUCAUCCCGAUUUGAAGACGAUUUCUGUGGAAACGAUGAGGAAUUUGAUCACAGGCGUUUACGAUCGCGCUUUGUCGUCUUACAGAGUCAUCGACAGUCGAUAUCCUUACGAAUUCGCCGGAGGUCAUAUUCGAGGAGCCGUGAAUAUCCAUACCAAAGAAGAGUGCCAGAAGCUACUCGAAGAACCGAGAAAAUCGAAAGAAGAGAGACACGUAUUGAUCUUUCACUGCGAGUUUUCCAAGGAGAGAGGACCGAAUAUGUAUCGCCACUUAAGACAGAUGGACCGAUUGAAGAACGGAGAGAACUACCCCGAGCUCUGCCAUCCGGAAGUUUACAUCUUGGACGGCGGUUACAAGAGAUUUUUCGAACGGCAUUCCGAUUUGUGUGAGCCGUCUGCCUACAAGCCGAUGCUUCAUCCGGAACACGAGCAAGAUUUAAGGCAUUUUCGAAAAAAGUCGAGGACCGGCGAGAGAGAGAUGCGUAGUAAGAAGGUCAUCCGUAGAAACCUUUCACAAGAUUACUAGGUUGUAGUUUAGUUUAGAGUUAGACGUUUGUACUUUUUCGUGUACUAUUUUUCAAAUCCGUAGCGACUUCAAUGUUCCU